AAGAGGCUGCUUAUAAAGCCGCAGCGCUGCACAUGUGGAGCCACAGAAACAGGAUUCAUGCUCAGCUCAGGUUCCUCUGCGGAUUAUUCCUCAUUUCACAAAAGAUGGAUUUUAAACUCUGGAUCUCCGCGCUGUGCGUGACGCUCUGCGCAGCUCUGUGUGCGCCAGCCGCAGGGACGCGCUCAGCGGCACCUGCCAGCGCGCAGCGCCAUGUGCGCAACAAGCGCUGCUCCUGCGCAACGUUCCUGGACAAGGAGUGCGUCUACUUCUGCCACCUGGACAUCAUCUGGGUCAACACACCUGAGCGCGUGGUCUCCUACGGACUCGGGAACGCGCCUCGGGCCAAGCGCGACCUGUCGGUCUCCACGGCAACCACGCGCGCGCCCAGAUGUCGAUGUCUGCAUGGAAAUGACAGCAGCUGCGUGAACUUCUGCCUCAGGUCAGAGAUGACGACGGGCGCGCGCAUUCGUUCCCCAGGUCACGCGCGGACAGACGACACGGGCGAACCCGACAGGCCUGAGGGCGUGUUCGGAGCGGUCCGGCGGAUCCGCCUGCUGCUGGAGAAAUGGCCGGCGCGGCGGCGUCACCGGGCCGGAGCGUGGCAGGGCGAGAGCGCCGCAUCCUAAACGGGACGCGUCUCCUCAGAGUUCAGACUGAAACACGCGGCAGCAGAGCCGUAACUGGAGCUGAGUGGCGCCAGGGGCCGGGGGCAGACACCUGGGCUGCAGCGGAAAACACCUGGACCCGAUUCCCACAGUGCGAACAGAGACUCACACCUUCAGGGAUUCCAGCCGCAGUCUCACGGGAAACACGGAAGAGUCGCAAAACCUCAAUAUUUCCUGGUCAAAGACACAAAUGGUCGUUUUUUAUGACUCGAAGCAGGAGCUGCAUCCCAUGUAGGAUGCAAAGAAACUGAGAUUCAGAGAAGAAAAUCUGAUUUUCAUCCUGAAAGCUUUUUUUCAUCUACUUGUUAUUUUUACAGCCUGAAUUAUGUUAGAAGUUUAGAUAGUUUGUAUUUUUAAAACAAAAACUGUUUAUUUGGUCAGUAGGAUUUUCAUUUUGUCUGAAAUGUAUUUAAAGUCUAAAAAAUGUAAAGUAACUAAAGUGUUUAAAUCUAAAAUAUGCUGGAAACUGUUCCACAUUUUCCUAAUCCGCUCCACAUUUUCCUGAUCCGUUCCAUGUUUUCCUGAUCCGCUCCAUGUUUUCCCGAUCCACUCCAUGUUUUCCUGAUCCGCUCCACAUUUUCCUGAUCCGUUCCAUGUUUUUUCUGAUCCACUCCAUGUUUUCCUGAUCCACUCCAUGUUUUCCUGAUCGGCUCCGUGUUUUCCCGAUCCACUCCAUGUUUUCCUGAUCCGUUCCAUGUUUUUUCUGAUCCGCUCCAUGUUUUCCGUUUUGAGGCCGUUUUUAUCUGGAAAACGACUCGGACUCGGAGUCAGAGUGGGACUCUAAGAGAAACAUUUUUUAAAAAACGCGAGGAAGAGGAGCUGAGGUGAUGAUGAUGUCAGUGAAGGUGCUCCGGUUUUCCUCGGACUCGACUGAAACCAGAACCGCUGGACUUUUUUUCUCUUCACUCCUGUUAUUUAUGUUUUCCUCUCUGAUUUAUUUAUUAAUUCCUGCGGAGGCCAUAUUGGUCCGUCUCAUGUUUGUCGGGUUCAUUUCUGUGAAAUGGUGCCGAAUUCUGGCCAAUAAAUUUAUUUAUCACUAA